CCCACUCCACGUUUAAUUCUUUUCCUUGAAGCCUUCAAUCUUCAUCCUCCACCACCUCAGCUGCCAAUUUAUUGGAACUCUGAUUUCAUGUCCGCCAAUGCAACUUUCCUUUUCACCCUCUAUGGACCUUCGUCCAACCAUACAACUAACCGUGCACUUAAUUUUCAUGGCCUGAGGCCUGAAGAUUCCUAAAAAGUAGAGUAGAAAGGAAGUGUUAAUCGAGAAGUUUCCAGAUUCCGACGAGUCGACGACGCUAUGCCCAUUACGGCCGAGAGGAAGUUAUGGAAGCUUUGCCCUUUCUGGCAAUACGGAACCGCCUCUUCUACUCAGAAUCUUCAUCCUAGCAACCAAAACGGCGUUAUUGGAUCCACCGCAUCCCGCUCGUCUAGCUCUGUUUUCUCAGUGGUUAGACCGUUUCUUCCUGCCCGCCGUCGACUCCGCCUCGAUCCAGCAAAAAACCUCUAUUUUCCCUAUGAACCAGGAAAGCAGGUGCAAAGUGCUGUUAGGGUCAAGAACACUACCAAAUCCUAUAUCGCAUUUAAGUUUCAAACAAAUGCACCAAAGAGCUGUUACAUGCGACCUCCUGGAGGUAUUCUGACACCCGGUGAAAGCAUAAUUGCUACUGUUUUCAAGUUUGUGGAGAAUCCAGAAAACAGUGAAAAGCCCAUGAAUAUAAAGACCAAAGACAAAUUCAAGAUCAUGAGCUUGAAAGUGAAAGAAGGAACAGAAUAUGCACCUGAGUUGUUUGAUGAGCAAAAGGAGCAAGUAACCAUUGAGCAAAUUUUGCUAGUGGUGUUCUUGGAUCCAGAACGCCCUUCUCCAGCACUCAAUAAACUAAAGCUUCAGUUAGCCGAAGCUGAAUCUGCAAUAGAUGUUCGCAAGAAACCUCCUGCAGAUACAGGUCCAAAAGUUGUUGGAGAAGGUCUCGUCAUCGAUGAAUGGAAGGAGAGAAGGGAAAAAUAUCUUGCACGGCAACAGGUUCAGGCUGUGGAUUGACUGGAUUCAGCACAGGAAAUUUGAUCUCCCCUCUCUCAUUUCUUGAUUUCUUGUAUAUACAUGUUGAGCAUAAUAUUAUAUGAAAUAAUAAAUGUACAAUCUGAACGAGACAAAAAACAUCCUUUUAUUUGUGUAUAAAAUCUAAUAUGCACUUUUGACUAGAUAA